CGUAACAGACCAGGCUUGUAGCUAUUUAUAUUAACACCUAAACGAAAUUACGAUAACGCAAGUAAAAACGAGAAUCUUACCUUCAUGGAUCGUCUUCAUUGUAAGAAAAUCCAAUAAAGCUAAAUAAAGAAUUUAAAGUACUGUACGUGCUAAAACUAAAAGAGGAAGUUGUAGAGGAAUUAGAACCUGUGUAUUCAAUACGUUCUAACCAACAAAGCUUGACACGACACUAAAUCUCUUGCAGCGUUGUCUGUAGAACAGUACUGCCUACAUCCAUGGUAUUUGACUUGUGGUAGCCUGCCUAUCAAUGAACUCUUUGUGAUCAACUAAACAAAUAAAAGGGGAGUUUGUAUGAGUUGCUCAUCUCUACUUCUGGAGAUAUGCCCGCACAGUUUGUGUUGUGUUCCUGAUACGAUGGCAUCAACAUUAUUAACACGUUGCUACAAGAAAAGAAAUAGAAAAAAAGACAACAAAACUACUUGUCUUCAUGAUGACCUGUGUGAAAGUAAUAAGAAAGACUACCUUACUGUAACCAAUGUCCAGUCAAUUGGUACUGAAGGCCUUUUUAUUGGUGAUCAUGAAACUCAGGAGUCAAAAGGUGGAGAAGCUGAUCUACACAAAUAUCUUCAUGGCUGCAAGAAGAAUCCAGGUCAUAGCCAGUUUAUACCUGUUGAUACAUUCACAUUGAAACUUUUACCUAAAGGUUUUCAAUAUAAAGAUUUGUAUGAACUCAUCAAACUUAUAGCUGACCAGACUGUUAGAGUAGAUGUUAAAAUGACCAGUCCAGACAGACCAAAGUUUUACCCAAAGUCAUUUGAACCAUAUCCAUUUUAUAACAUGAGAGAGAGAAGAAACUUGAGGACAGGAAGUGGAAAAGUGCGGCAUGCAUACAAGUUUCAAGAUGGAGUCUGUCAAGAUGGAAGUUAUGAAAGCACAGACUACACAAAGUGUUGGUGUAGAAAAUGUAAAGAUUCAGACUCGCCUAGCAAUGUGUGGUGGGAGUUUUAUGUGACCACAGCCACACAUGUGAUUUAUGAUGACAUUGAGGCCAACCACACGACCUUGAGAUUGUUUUAUGAUAGAAAUGAAAGUCCAGAGGUCAGUGUUGAUAAAGUCAAUGUUGUAAAUGUAAACAUUGAGCAUGACAGAUGUGUGUUGAAUAGUGUGACAUGCGACGAAAAUGUAGGAAAUAAAAUGCAUGAAACGUGCGAAUUAUUUAACAACAGCUGGAGGAAAGUUCACAAAAAAUACAAAGCCUCUAGAUCUAUACAUAGAUUUCUCUUUAUAGUGUCACAUCCUCAUGGAUGUUCUAAACAGGUCAGUGUUGGUCGAUGGAUGAAAAAAAAAAUGGUGGGUGAUAGAUGUCAGUUUACUUAUACAACAAGUACAUGUCCAGGAAGUAGUGGAGCACAAGUCUAUUGUCUGGGAUAUAGUGACUGGGCUUGGUUUAAUCUUGUCCACGGUGGAAAUUUGAAGUCUGGUUUAAAUUACAGUGGAGUUGGUGAUGUCUAUUGAGGUGUUUCUCUAUAAAGAUGGUAUCCCUUAAAGAGUCUAAAGCCAACUAUAGUCCAUAAUAAUAUUUAUACCCCUUACUGUGACGUCACUAAAUGUUGUGUUUAAAAUCCAUCUACUAUAGUGAGUCUCUUAACAUAUACUCUCAUGAAUGAAUAUGAAACAAAACUUUUAUUUCAUUAAGAAACAUAGUCACCGUAUCUUGUCGCCUUCUUCAGCUGAUCCACUAGUCACAGAGAACUAAAGAUUUUAGUCAUUGAUUAGCAUGCAUGACUAGAUGCAUAACGUUUAGGACGUAAUCAUCAUCUUUUUUUUAAAGUAAAGUAUGUAUUUUAUAAGAUAAGAUAAAUUUUUGCAAAUAUUUAACUUUAAUACAAUUGUUAGAGUCUUGUGCAAACUAUGCAGCCGCCUAGAAUCUUUGACUUGAAGAAAUUAUUUCAGAGAAAACAGUUCGAAACAUGAAUUAAAUCUCAAACAAGCAAAACUCUAUGUCUUAGUCUAGCUCCGAUUCUCUACUAUGAUUCAAAGUUUUUUUGAGAAUGUUUAGAUCUGCUUGUUGGACAACAUAUAUUAGAAAAUCAUUUUUUUCCCUUUGGUGAAAUGUCGAAACGUUAUUUUUAGUCUGGUGAUUAUGAACAACCCACAUGAAGCUUAUUCUUGCUAAGACUGCUUUAUUGAUCCUUAUAAAAAUUUUUUGUGAUUACAAGGACUCUUUUCUCAUAUAAAACAGCAUGACAUAAACAUUUACAGAAAUAGAACAGGAUAUAACAUUGUCUUUUUAUGUUUCUUGAUCAAUGAGUGGCGUUGAAAUAGAUUGACCUAGUAGUGAGCGAACGAGUUUUUGUACUGCUAGUUCUAGUUUUGAUAGACGGAAGUAGCCCACUAUAAGUAAGCUUGACGUAGUCAUGAUGAAGCGGUUGGCUCUGUCUUCCAAAAUUUUUUCGAGACAUUUUUGUUCAAAAAGUUUAUUUAAAUAUGGUAGUGUUGUGCCUGUGAUUUGAGAUGCUUUUUAAAAAUAAUAUUGUCCAAGCGGCGCAACAGUUUAGAUGAAGCGUUGCUUUGCCUACAAGUUAUUCCGUAUGGUAGCAGAUUUUGCAUAGUCGCGCAGUAAAACAUAUCUAAGAUUUUUUUUUUAGAGCAAUUGACUUUAUAUUGGAAUAAUUUGCCGCUAGGCUCUUGUUGUUGUUUUGUUUUCUUUUUGGUCAUUUUCAAGGUGGUCUUCAAAGAAAAGUUUCUUAUCAAUGAUGACGUCUAGAUAUUUUUAUGACUUCACUUUUUUUUAUUGAUGCAAUUUGUAUCUGUAGUAGGUGUAUCAUUUGUUUUUUUUCUUUGUAAAAUCUAAGAUAAGUUCUUUAAUUUUUGUAACAUUCAGUUUUAGAAAGUUGUCUGUCCACCAGUUUGUAAACUCUUCUAUCGAAAUAAAACCGACUAUAUGGCAGUAUAAUCAGUGAAUUUAAUAAGUUUAACUGAGUACAGAUACAUUAUAUGUCAUUAGUGUAUAGGGUGUACAGUACAGGAGAAAGUACACAACCUCGUAGAGCAUCAAUACAUUGUACUCGAGUUAAUGAUUGGCUGUUAACAAACUGGGGCCUGUCAUCGGCUCUAUAAGAAUGUCACUUAUUUGCUGAUUUAGUUGAUACAGGGCAGUUUACAGUUUAUUGCGUAUUUUUCUGUGUUAUUUUAUGUUCUUUAUUUUGGGUCAAUUUAUUCUUUUCGUCUCUGGCUCUCUUUAUAUGUUCAGCUUUGAUAUAGUUUUCUAUAGAUGCAUACAAAUUUAUUCAGGCUGAACUAAUGAAUCAAAGAACAUUUAACAAUCUAUAUAGGCAGACAAUCAGCUUCAUUUAUUUUUACACAUAGUGUGCUGUUUUUUUGUUGAGCUUAUCAGUGAAGCCACACACCUGCCAAACAUCAUUUUCCAGUCUAUACAGUUUGAUAAGAAACUAAACCUCUAGAUAAGUCUUAGAUAAGUUAUGUAAGUUGACAUCAUAAAUCAGAACACAUUGAUCAUAAGCUAACAUCAGAUCUUUUAAUUAAUAACAUGGACUUUAUGGCUCAUUACAUGUUACAUUUUGAACAAUAAUUGUACAAUAAAUCUCCUUAUGAACUCAUGUUUAUACAUGUUUUUCAGUUUUACAUUUCUAAAUCAGUUUGAACUAUUCUAAAUAUACAAAAGUAAAAACUAAAUGUAAUUUAAUAUAUUAAAUAAAUAAUCUUUUAUUUUCUAGUAACUAUUUGUAUUUAUAUACAAUUCUGAAAGAAAUCAACCUGAAUUAUUUGAAUUAGUAUUCAAUGCGAAAAUAUAAACAAACACACAAGGCUAGUUCAAAAUGUGUAUUGUAUUAAAUCACAUGUAUACUAUUUUAGGUUUACAUCAGUUUAAAUAUCAUAAGAUCUAUUAAAUAAGACCUUGUAACUAAUAAUACUAAAACAUCAAGUUGGUGUCUCAAUAAAUCAUUAUAAAAUACAAUAACAAACAGAAAUGUGUCUAAAAAACAAUAUAAAAUAUAUUAAUAAACAGAAAUGUGUCUCAAUAAACGAAUAUAAGAUACAUUAAACUUCAAAAAUGAGGGCGAAAACUAUAUUUUCAGGGCAUUGCUUCCGUAUCGACUCACAGGUACUUUCAGCUUACGCUGCUGGAAUGGUUGGUGGUAUGACUCUCGUCCAUAGGGGACACUUUCUCCAAUCGGGGGCUGUAUUGAAAGCAGACAUUACCUGAAAACCUAAAUAGAAGUUAUUAAAUAUAUGAUGAAGAUACAGUCGAGUUGUUUUUUUUAAUCAACAAAUAAAACAAAUAGCCAUAUUUAUAAACAGUAAUGAAACAAGGCUGAUUUUUUUAGUGAUGUAUGCUCUAGUCUGUAGUUCAAUGAAAGAUGGCUGCCUGGUUAAGUGAUAUAUGCUCUAGUCCAACGGUGGUUCUCAACCUUUUUGUUGCCGCGACCCCCUAAAACGAUUCCCCAAUAGACAGCGACCCGAAACCGUAUUUUUUCUUUUUCGUCCAUAUGCCUAGGUAAAUGAAAAUUGGCUAAUGUUAUAAAAGAGAAAGAAGCCCCCCACUUUGUGAGUACUGUGACUCUCGCCUCACCGUGGAACAUUGAUUGCCCCAGUUACCAGGAUGUCAGGGAGAAAUGUUUUAGAACACACACCUUGAAAACACUAUUCGACAAUGUCGACCCUGGGAAGGUACUGGGCUUUGUCCGGGAGGUGGGGUUGUCUACAAAGAUCUGAUUUUUAAAUUGUGAACAUAUAAUAUUUACAUAAGAUUUUUACCAAAUUAUUAUAUGUUUACUAUCUUUACUAUUUUAACUGUGAAUAAACCUUGUUUUUAAUGGUUUAGCUGUAUAGAAUUUGGCCCUUGUUAUGUAGAGGGAGAGUGAUCCUUAAAGGAUUACUCGCACGACAUGGCCUAAAUUGUGCCGAUGUGCCUAAACUCAAAACUUAAACUCAAACUAAUAAAAUCGUUAUCAUUAUGUCUAUAUCUCUUUUUGUGAUGUAUUUUCAUUGGUAGAAAUUUAACACGGAUAUAGCUUUAUGUAAUUGUAAUGUGUAAAAUAAAUGUUUUUUAUAAUUAAAUUGCUAACAAAAAGUUUA